UUUGUUCGGGGCAGAGUCCCGGGAUCGGGGCAAGAGACAGAGAGAGGCUGCCCGCCGCCUGCCGUCCCCGGGGGAGACAGAGAGAUAGGGGCCGCCCGCCGCCGAGGGGUCUUGGCCUGCAGUAACGCCGUAAGAAAGCGGACUCGGGUAUUGCCCAUCUCCGAGGCCGGUUCGAGUUGUAUGUGCUGACCGUCGGGCCUGCAGGAUCGAUGGCGGGCCCGGCUCUGAGCCGCUGCCUCUCGGCCUUGGCCACAAACCCCGCUCUCCGGCUUCGGGCCCUGACCGUCUGCUCGGCCUGCGGUGUGGGCCAGCGCCAGCAGCACGCUCGGCUCCUGUCGUCCAGGAAUCGUCCUGAAGGCAAAGUUUUGGAGCCAGUUGGAGUGUUUGAGGCACUCAAGCAACAAGGAAAAUAUGAAACAGGGCAGCUAUUUCUGCACAGUGUGUUUGGUUACCGAGGGAUAGUCUUGUUCCCCUGGCAUGCCAGGCUAUACGACCGAGAUGUUGCAUCCUGUAGCUCUGAAAGUAAAACAGAAAACUCAGGAACUCAAGGUUCCAAAGAGGUCAAAGGUAAAACACACACUUACUACCAGGUGUUGAUCGAUACCAGGGACUGUCCUCAUAUAUCUCAAAGGUCACAGACGGAAGCAGUAACCUUUCUUGCUAACCAUGAUGACAGCAGAGCGCUUUAUGCUAUUCCAGGUUUAGACUAUGUGAGCCACGAAGACAUUCUGCCUUACAGCUCCUCAGAUAGAAGCCCCAUCCAGCACGAGUUAUUUGAAAGAUUUCUCUCCUAUGACCCUUCAAAAGCCUUGCCUUUUGUAGCCAGAGAUACGCUACGUGCUUGGCAGGAGAAAAACCAUCCCUGGCUGGAGCUUUCUGAUGUACAUCGAGAAACAACAGAGAACAUCCGGGUUACAGUUAUACCCUUCUACAUGGGCAUGCGGGAAGCACAGAAUUCCCAUGUGUAUUGGUGGAGGUACUGUAUCCGAUUGGAGAAUCUUGGGACAGAAGUUGUUCAGCUUCGGGAAAGACACUGGAGAAUCUUUAGCCUGUCUGGAACCUUGGAAACUGUGCGAGGGAGAGGAGUAGUGGGCAGAGAACCAGUUUUAUCGAAGGAGCAGCCUGCUUUUCAGUACAGCAGCCAUGUCUCACUACAGGCUCCCAGCGGUCACAUGUGGGGUACGUUCCGCUUCGAGAAGCCGGAAGGUUCUCAGCUUGAUGUUCGCAUCCCGCCGUUUUCACUGGAGAGCAAUAAGGAUGACAAGGCCCCUCCUGCUGGCUACAGCUGGUAGAACUCCCAUCUGCUGGGACCCUGGGCUGGCUGUCAGCGGGAAGAUUCUGCUUACAACUGCACUAGAGAGGGGAUAAAAUGAAGGAGAAAGUCUUCCAUUGCCAGUCCUUUACAGAUCACCCUGGCUUGCUGUAUAAACACCAAUCGCAUUUUGUCUGUUUUUGCUGAAGAAAUUAUUUGGGAAGUGCAACACUGGUACUGAAUAACGUCUGUGUAUCAUUGAAGAAGGAAAUGGAAGGAUUUUGGUUGGGAGCUGGAGGUGUGGAGCUUGUGGUCAGGCUGUGAGACUGGGGUGGGAUUUCUGGACAGCAGUGCUCAAAUGAGCAAAAUAAAGGAAAAAAAAAGUAACAUUUAUCACAGAGAUGACAUAACCUACAGAAUAGCUACCAUGUGUAUUAUUAAGAAAACUGUUUGAAUAUAUUGCUGAGGAACUCAGAUCUACCAGAAAAAUCCUAGCAGCUUGGACAAGCUUCAUUUCAACUGUCUGGGGUUGUCGGGACUUUUUCAACUGAUUAGUCAAGGCUGAGUGGUGCAUUUUGUACUGUCCUCCCUCCCGACUUCUCUUGGCCCUCCAUGAGAGUGCGUGAGCAUCAGCAAUGUUUGCCACUAUGUUAAAAUAAUGGGAAGAUUAAAUGAAAUGAAAGGGUUAAA